ACGCAUUGAAAUGUCGGACGUUCUUCUGAAUUUCAUCGCAGGAGGAGUCGGUGGAUCAUGUACCGUAAUCGUCGGACAUCCAUUCGAUACUGUCAAAGUCCGAAUUCAAACUAUGCCAAUGCCAAAACCAGGGGAGAAGCCACAAUUUACCGGAGCUCUUGAUUGUGUCAAACGAACAGUUUCCAAAGAAGGAUUUUUUGCCCUCUACAAAGGAAUGGCAGCUCCACUUGUUGGUGUUUCUCCACUUUUUGCAGUUUUUUUCGGAGGAUGUGCAGUUGGAAAAUGGCUGCAGCAAACUGAUCCAAGCCAGGAGAUGACAUUCAUCCAAAACGCUAAUGCUGGAGCUCUUGCUGGAGUCUUCACAACAAUUGUGAUGGUUCCUGGUGAACGAAUCAAGUGUCUUCUUCAAGUUCAGCAAGCUGGAUCUGCUGGUUCUGGAGUUCAUUACGAUGGUCCACUUGAUGUUGUCAAAAAACUAUAUAAACAAGGAGGAAUUUCAUCAAUCUACAGAGGAACUGGUGCCACUCUGCUCAGAGACAUCCCAGCUUCAGCCGCUUAUCUUUCAGUAUAUGAAUAUCUAAAAAAGAAAUUCUCUGGAGAAGGAGCUCAAAGAACAUUGUCACCAGGAGCAACAUUGAUGGCUGGAGGACUUGCUGGUAUUGCCAAUUGGGGAGUGUGUAUUCCAGCUGAUGUUCUCAAAUCUCGAUUACAAACAGCCCCUGAAGGAAAGUAUCCAGAUGGAAUCCGUGGAGUUUUGAGAGAGGUUCUUCGCGAAGAGGGUCCUAGAGCUCUGUUCAAGGGAUUCUGGCCAGUAAUGCUCCGUGCUUUCCCUGCAAACGCUGCCUGUUUCUUCGGACUUGAACUCACGUUGGCUGCCUUCCGUUACUUUGGCAUUGGUGGACACCCAACACCAUCUACAGAAGUUGUUCCACUCCCACACGACGAGUAAAUUUUUGAAAAUUCUCAUUUUUCUAAUUAGUUUAUACCAUAUUUAUUUGAUAUUUUUUUCAUUAUUCAAAAACAUUUACCC